GCCUGUGUCAGAGUAUUUCAGCACAGAGGCCAGCAUUUAGUCAUUCUGCAUGAACGCUGCACACGCAUUUGUCUGAAGUUUUAUGGGUAGACUCAAACUGCUGGACUAUUGGAUGGUAUUUCUCUCCUUGUUUUCGAAAGGAUCACAGGACCGCCACGUUUUCAAUCUUAUUUUUGUGAAAUUGUACGCCGUGACCGCAGGAUCCCACUUUUACGGGAAAUUAUUGUGAAUUCCCCUCAAAAAGGAAAAUGCCUAGGUCCUUCUUGGUCAAAAAGUAUUUCGCCAAACAAAAGCCAAACUACAGUGAACUGGAAUGUCAGAAUGACACUUCACUGGAGAGGUAUCCUCUUGCUGAGCUACCGUCAGGGGACAACUCACCUGCCACCUGCUUCACAACAGGCCUCGUGUGGGACCUGAGUGUCCUGCCAGCCCUCUACCUGUCCACCUCCCCCUCAGAGCCCUCUGCCACCCCGGGACCCCUGGACCUCAGCUCCCCGUCCAGCCUCAGCAGCAAUGCCAGCAGUAGUGGAGAGGAGGACGAAGGGCGCACCUCAGACCCUCCCAGCCCCGAACCCACACACACGUACGCCCCUCGUCAGCGAAUGAAGUGCACUGGCUCCAAGGCCCACGCUAUUCCCAGAGAGGAGGAGGAGGAGGAGAGAGAGGCCCCAGUUACGGCAGCCAGGCCAGCCUUCCUCUGCAAACACUGUCCUAAAGAAUACACCAGCCUGGGGGCUCUGAAGAUGCACAUCCGCUCACACACCCUGCCCUGUGUGUGCACCACUUGCGGAAAGGCCUUCUCCAGGCCCUGGCUGCUGCGCGGCCACAUCCGCACACACACAGGUGAGCGCCCGUUCUCCUGCCCCCACUGCAAUCGGGCCUUCGCCGACCGCUCUAACCUGCGGGCUCACCUGCAAACCCACGCCGAAGUGAAGAAGUACCAAUGUAGCGUCUGCUCUCGCACCUUCAGCCGCAUGUCCCUGCUGCAGAAACACAGCUCCUCAGGGUGCUGCUCCACAGCAGUGUGAGAGCCAGCGUGAGAGAGGAAGCCGCUCAGACCUCAGGGCAGUGGAGGGCUAGUGGUUGCAGGGGGUGGGGGUGGAUGGGGGUCUAUACAAGCCCGGCCGGCCUGUUGACGACCUGCAACACUACACAGAGCAUGAAAUGGCCUGCUUCAAGAGACCUGGAGGGGAAUCGAGCCUCAUUACGGAUGUGAAUUUCACAAGCUCUUUGCGUCUCUGCUUUCAUGAAAAAUCAGAGGGAAGAGCCAGAAUUUUUUUUUUUUUUUUUUUUUGCUUCCUUCCAUUUCAGGCAAACCUUGAUUUGAUGUCUCUGGGUUGGACUGAAACUGAACUGAGCAAUAAUGACAUUCACCCAAUAUAUCAACCCCCUUAUAACUAAUUUUUCCCAUUCCAAAGACCAAAUCUGUAGUGGACUCAUGGGGGUUAGAGGUGCCGGCUUUCUGUCCUGUCUCUGUCUCUGUCCUGGUGCCGACCAGCUCAGGAUCAUGGCCUAGACACAGCUGCUGAGAGGUAGGGGUGUGUGGGUGGGAUAAAUCUCUCAGCAUGCCUCAAACACACACACACACACACACACAAAUACAUAUGCACACACAGCUGUCCCUGGUACUGUGGUGUAGAUAGACGAGGUGCUAACAGGUGCUACAGCCAUGACCUUCGCCGGUUGAUAGCAGGUGACUUCCACUGCCCUUGGUUCGCUUUGGAAAAUAGAGGAAGUAUGUCAUCAUGCAAGAAUGGCAUCAGUUAGUCGCUUUGUGUUUUGUUUUGUUGUUGUUUUUUUUUUUUUUUUUCACCCGUGGGGAUGACGUUAAGCCUCUAUUUUGACCACAUUCAAACCUUCUUUCUAAUCUGAUGGGUUUCAGAGAUAGGAAAAGCCGGUCUGUCUCUGUUAUUUCCAAGGAGACUGCACUCCUGCAAUGUGGAUGACAAUGCAAGCUCUGCACUCAAGGUUAACACAGUGUUAAUAAUGCCAGCCAAAGCCAUUUUUUUUAUUAAGUUAUAUAUGAAUUUGCGUCUUGAAACUGUAUUACUUUUGAAACCAAAAAGAUGCUUUUUUUUUUUUUUUUUUUUACCUCAGUCGGUAGAUGUGGUUUUAAAAAAAAAUGUAAUUUGCAGUAUUAGUAGAAAUUAGCACCAAACAGUUGGAAGUGGAAAAAGGCUGGGACCAAAGGACAUGUUUUAUUUCAACGUUUACACCAUGGAGACAUGGUUGCCUAAUAUGUGAUCAGAUCCGUGUAAAUGGACUGUACGAAGAUUAAUUUUUGAACUUCCCUAAACAUUUUAUGGUGGUGUUUUAUAGUGCAAUGUUCAGAUAUGUCUUAUUUCAAUUUUGUACCAUGCUUGUGUGUUCACUUCUUUCUCGUAUUUCAUAACUGAUAAAUUUGCAUUCAAUAAAGUAAUUUAUGU